AUGACGGAAUCUAAUAAUGUCGCUAGCGACGGAACUACGGACGAAGAUAAGGGGGGAAGCGGCGAAAUGAGAAAUGAUGGUAAGAGGAAUACUAAAUUCACGAUAUCGACGCCUAGUUCGCCGGCAAAAGAUGUUGUUGACGAGGGACAAGAGGUGAAGCGUGAGGGCUCCGGAGGUGGGGAUGGGGAUGAAGAAGGAAAUCGGGCACAAGAGUCACAAUUGGAUGAAGCGUCUCAGAAUUACGACAAACAGACGGGACAGGGGGACUUGAUGUUCAAGAAAAAGGACGUGAGGAGGUCGAGAACGCAGUCUUUUCAGUCGGUGCUUUCGUCCGCGUCACUAAAGUCGUUGAAACAGCUGUAUACCAAUAACCAGCAACAGGGACCACCAGGACAACCGCUGCAGAGAACAAACAGUUAUAUAAGUGCACAUAGUAACCCGAAUACGGUGAAGAACUUCCAAUCUUUUAUCCAGGCACCUGUGUUAUCGAGCAUAUCAAACUUGAAGAGUAAUGGUGACGACGUCGAAAUAGGCCAAAGACUUCCCUUUAGUAACCAAUCAGGGAACGGUCUGGGCGAUGUUAAUGGAACAGAUACUGGAAACAAAGGGUCGUCGUCGUCUACAACGUCGUUGAAUGACGACGAGGCAGCGGACCAAGAUAUCAUGAUGCAGCAGCAAAAAUUAACCUUGAAUGCAUUGAGAAAGUUGACCUUGUCUCCGAUGCCCAUAAUUAACACCGAAGACAGCUUGCCGCAAAGAAAGCUGAUAUCUCGAAAAUCGUCGUCUAAAUUGACCGACAAAUCUACAAGGAACUCGGAGCCCUAUCAACCUGCAGAAGUCGAUUUAUCGUCGUUUGCGAGCUUGACGAGACAACCGAAACUAAGCUUAAACGAGAUAACAGGUCCCAGCUCUUCUAGUGGUGACAGAUCGCCUACAACGCCGAAUACAACGAAUAAUCCUCCCGGUACGUCUGAUAGUGUACCUAUGAAUAAAUCAGGCACUCCCAAGCGUGCACCGGCCUUGCCAAGCUUAAUGGAACAGUCUGAUUCAAGCAUUGCUACCAGCUUGAAUACGGAUGAUGCUGCAGACAAAAUACUGGCGACACAGAAGUACCAUAAGGAGGUGCAUCAAAAUCAUUUGCGGGACGUAAAGGCGCAUAUAAAAGAUUUACCAGGAGUAAAUAGUGGAUCGCAGACAACUGGACCUUCAUCUCUCAGCGAUGCAAGAAGAAAAUCAGGUCAACAAGUUCCUUUACAUCAGCCAGUACCUCGCCCACAACAUCAACCAUAUCAAACUAACAAGCCCAAGCUGAACAAACAAUUGCAACAAAUAAACAGUUUAAGAAGUCCCAUGUAUAUUCCAGCAGUUUUACGGAUGACUCAGGAUAUCAGUCGUUGUCAGUCAGCAACUAGCUCUCCCCAGAAUGACAUUUUCCCGCCCAAUUUAAACGACUCCUCUGAUAGCCAUCCCGGUGGUUCCCCAGAAACAACUCACUCUGCACAAAACCCUUUGGUUCAGCAUGCUCUUCAAGAUAAUUUAACUUCUACAUCAUCGAGAGGAUCGACGAACUCUGUUGAUUCGUUCAAAUCUACAGAAAGCUCGUCGCCACCUGCCAUGUCCCCAACUGGUCCAUAUACCAUAAGCAAAAGAAAAUACGAAACCAUAUUAAGACAGGCUCCUACCAGAAGACAUUGGGUCAAGGAUGAGCUCGUCAAUAAGUGCGGCAUUCCUACAUGCUCCAAGGUAUUCAACUUCUUCGAAAGAAGACAUCACUGCAGAAAAUGCGGUGGCAUAUACUGCAAAGAGCACACAUCGCAUUACCUCUACAUUAAUCAUCUAGCUCAGUUCACCACCGGUGGCCGUGGUACGUUGUCUAAAGUAUGUGAUAACUGUAUCGAGGAAUACAAUGAAUUCAUGAGGCAUGAAUUUGGAGUUAGCAUUAACCCAUCAUAUAACAAGAAAAUUUCUAAGUCACAGCCAUCGCAAAUUCUGAAUAAGCAGUCGUCUGGUGGGAAGCUUGACAAGCUGCCAAAGGAAUCUCUAAUGAAGUCCAUAAACAACCAGAAGUUGGGUGAUUCCACUACAAAUAGAAAUGACCAACCCGUUGGAAGUGUACCUGCAAACUGGAGUUGGAGUUCAUUUUAA